UACUCGUGGAACUAAGGGUUAAGGAUGGCGUGGCGGGGUUGUCUUGUGAUGUUGGUCGCUGUCUGCCUCGUAACACGGCUCCGAUUGGUCACAGCACAGAACGACCCAAUUGAUUCUGGGGAGAAUGACAGACCCCCAUGCGGCCAGCCGCCCGGCAUCGAGAACGGCAGCUAUGAGGCCUACAACCACGGCGCGUCCGUCUCGUACUCGUGUGACGAGGGGUACCACAUCUACAUGUUCGGUAGUCGUGAAAGGCACUGCCGGGAGGAUGGGAGAUGGGACGGCAGCACACCGGUCUGCUCGGCUGGGGGAUGCUCGGAAGAGGACGCACCCGUCGUACCAUUCUCCUCGGUGAAUCGAUACAACGGAGGAACGGUCCGUUGGCACCGCUGCCACGCCGGGUUCGAGCCCCAGGACCCCGGGUCCACGGUGACCUACUGCGACGGUACGCGCUGGCGCAACCAGCUAUCGCGAUGCGUGCGAGCGGUGACGUGCGGGGAGGCACCCCGGAUCGAGAACGCACAAGUGACGCAAGGCGCAGGCGGACUGGUUACCUACACGUGUCAUGAGGGCUACAAGGCGAGACUUGGUGUUAAGAACAUACGAUGCGGUGCGGAUGGGCAGUGGAUCGGAUCUCCUCCAGUGUGCAUACGCCAGGGUUGUCGCGUGCCGAGGACUACAGCUGUUCAGAACGGCAUCAUCAACAUCAAGCAUUUAGGAGCAAUGCUGAAGAUCGAGUGCCAGUCUGGGUACGAGAUAAGGGGUUCCUCGGUGCUCUUCUGCAACGGCCGGGUGUGGAACGGGACAUUACCAACCUGUCAGUUGCAGAGCGGCGGCUAUCCUGCCUUGGUACUGAAAGGCGAUCGAUGUGGUGCUGGUGCACCCAGAGUAGAGAAUGCCUACAACCCUGUGUAUGUAAAUAAAUAUGAUGAUGCGUCCAGAAACUUCUUUUACGCUAUCACUUACAGAUGUCACUAUGGCUUUACCUUGCACCCAGCCAACUAUGCAGUGUACUGCUCUGCUGGCAACGUUGUUGGAACACUACCAAAUUGCCUAUCUACUUGUGGUCAUCAAAAUGGCGGCUGCCAACAGAUAUGCAGGAACGGAGAUCACGGCGCAAUUUGCUCGUGCCGGGACGGGUACAAACUAGCUUCAGACGGCAAGACAUGCCAAGAUUUCGACGAGUGUUCAACUAACGUUGGCAAAAGACCCUGUCAGCACAUAUGUUACAACUCCCCGGGAAGUUUUGUUUGCUAUUGUCACUCAGGCUACAAUUUGGCGCCCAACAAAACCUCUUGUAUACAGAACCAAGGUAGGUGUAACUGUGGCGAACACGGUAAAUGCGUGCACGCAUGGGGUGUUGCUGAAAGGUGUCGAUGUAUUGCGGGAUACGAGGCAAGCACGGAUGGCUUCCGCUGUCUAGCACCCCAAUGCGACUGCGGUAGUGGCUCGACUGGCUGCAAGGAGAUUGACGGACUAAAGAAAUGCACAUGUGCCCCGGGGUACAGAACCAGCUCCAAUGGCACUGAGUGCAAUGACAUUGAUGAGUGCCGAGAGAGCGGGGACGGUCUAGCCGACUGCGAGGCAGCGUGUCGUAAUACAGUGGGUUCCUACUAUUGCCUAUGCCCACAGGAGUGGCUCCGUCUCGCAGCAGACAAACGGACCUGCGAAGAAAAGCCAUGUAGCUGCGGCGCUGGCACCGACACUUGCUCCCAGCCCGACGGCCAGAAAAUCUGCACCUGCCUUCAGGGCUACAGACCCGCUGAGGAUGGGACAAGCUGUGUCGACAUCGAUGAGUGUCAGGAGAGCGGGAAUCGCAGUCUAGCCGACUGCCAGGAAGCGUGUUAUAAUACCCCGGGCUCCUACCGCUGCUCUUGCCCACCGAGGUGGCUUCGCCUCGCCGCUGAUGGACGUUCCUGCGAAGAAAUGCCAUGCAGUUGCGGGCGAUACUCCACUUCUUGCUCCCAACCCGACGGCGUCAAGAUAUGUACAUGCGCUGACGGCUAUAAGCCCGCUCCCAACGGUGCCAGUUGCGUCGACAUCGAUGAGUGUCAGGAGAGCGGGAAUAGUCUAGCCGACUGCCAGGCGGCGUGUUAUAAUACCCAGGGCUCCUACCGCUGCUCUUGCCCACAGAGGUGGCUUCGCCUCGCCGCUGAUGGACGUUCCUGCGAAGAAAUACCAUGCAGUUGCGGGCGAUACUCCACUUCUUGCUCCCAACCCAACGGCGUCAAGAUAUGUACCUGCGCUGGAGGCUAUAAGCCCGCUCCCAACGGUGCCAGUUGCGUCGAUCGCAACGAGUGUGUGGAGUCCAAUCCCUGCCAGGGACAGUGCACCAAUACGUGGGGUUCCUAUAACUGUAGAUGUACAGCGUCUGGGUACCGACUCGCCGCUGACCGUCACAGCUGUGAAGACAUUGACGAGUGUCAGAAUUCCAGGUCACAUGACUGCCAACACGCAUGCGUGAAUGUCCCCGGCACCUAUCGCUGCGACUGUCCCCCUGGCAACAUCCUGAUGCCUGAUGGGAGAUCAUGUCAAGAAUGCAGACCCAACUCGUACCGCAGCGCCACCGCCAACGAAUGUCUGGAGUGCCCGGCCCAUUCGCGAACCAUCGGCAGGGGUAAGGCUUCGAUCCGGGACUGCCUGUGCUCGCCCGGCUACGCCGGAGACUACACCCGUGAUACACCCUGCAAAGAUAUUGACGAAUGUGAGCAGGACAACGGGGGAUGCAAGCAGCACUGCAUCAACACACCGGGCAGCUUCUACUGCGCAUGCCCGAACGGCUACAUGCUGAUGGACGAUGGGAAGACGUGCCAAGACCGCGACGAAUGUUCUCAGAGUAAUGGCGGCUGCCAGCACCAAUGCUUCAACACGGAGGGUAGCUUCGUCUGUGACUGUAACGAUGGUUAUACCGUGGAUCCCUCUGAUCCCUACCUCUGUGCCGACGUAAACGAGUGCGAGACGGACAUUCACGAUUGCCAGCAGGUCUGCCUGAACUUUCCCGGCGGGUUUCACUGUCAGUGCGACGACAAUUCCGUACUGGCUGCGGACGGCAAGACAUGCAACCCUGUGACGUGCAGCCCAUUGGUCCUGUCGGAAAACAUGAAGGUGUCCCCUAGAGACCGUUGUCUUGGUACCCACGCUACCAAUCAGCUCAUAGUUGGAACCACGUGCCGACUCGGCUGUAAGAAUGGUUACGAGCUGCAAGGAAACGCCAGGAAGACGUGCCAGAAUACCGGCCGGUGGUCGGGCGAGCCGGUAGCCUGCAACCCUGUACGUUGUCCAGCGCUACAGCAUCCCGAUCACGGCCUGGUGAAUCCGCCAUCGUGCCUGCAGGACGGCGAGAUCGAGUUCAGGGGCAUCUGCGCCUACUCCUGCGAUGAAGGCUACACGCUGGUUGGCUCUUCCCUGACGAAUUGCCAGGCAAGCGGGGAAUGGUCCAAUGAGAAGCCGUCUUGCAGUGAGGUUUCCGAGAUAACUUGCCCUCGGGACGUGUCCGUAGUGCUGGAGCCAGGCGAAUCACACGCCGUAGUCGACCUGCCCAAGCCGGUGCACACCUUGGACCGGCUAGAGUCCAGCGUACCGGCCGUCGGUCACCCGUUCCCGGCCGGUAGGACCGCGGUCACCUACACGGCCUGGAGCAACUCCACGGAAUCUUUGGCCACGUGCUCUUUUACCGUUAUCGUCACAGAUGAGGAACCGCCAGUCUUCGAGUUCUGCCCGGAGUCCUUCACCGUGAACACCCAGGAGCAGUACCCAGAGAUCGAGUGGGAGCCCCCGGUGGCCACCGACAACGUCGCGGUGGUGGGGAACAACACAUGGAUCUCACCGGAAGGCCGUUUCACGUGGGGCACGUACACCGUCCUGACCGACGUCCGCGAUGCGGCAGGCAAUUCAGCCACCUGCAAGUUCAGCAUAUCCAUCCAGACCGUCGAGUGCGGCAAACCGAACGGCCCGCUGAACGGGAAUAGCGGCUGCUCUGAUUGGAUGUUCGGCAAGAUCUGUGAGCCCCGCUGCAACCAAUCAUAUUACUUCUUUGACGGACCCCCGGAAAACGUGUACCUGUGCGGCUUCAAUGGCGAGUGGUCGCCUUCGCGGGAGGUACCAGACUGCAGUCCUUACAGUUACCUCGGCAACCAGACAACUUGCCCGACUGGUACUGAGUUGAAGUCGUUCACAGCGCUUGAAGACCCUGUGUGCAUUGCUUGCCCUCGUGGUAUGUACUACUCGGCCGCAGCGGGCUCGAUGCCCUCUUGUCUGCCGUGUGCCACGGGGACCUAUCAGGGGGGAUUCGGUCAGGAGUCCUGCAUGUCCUGCCCGGCCGGUCAAACCACCGCCACGGAAGCCGCCAUAAGCAGCAGCGAAUGCUUCCUAAUUGAAGACGUGACAACAGUGGCAACGACCACGACAGCCACAGCAGGGAACACGACCACGACCCAACUAGCUGGCCCGGUCCCGUUGAACGAGGAUGGUGUGAACUAGCUUUCAGGGCAUCCCAUCGUCACGAUGGAUCUUGCCAACUCUAAGAAACUCGAACAUUAUCAUAGCUAAAAACACAUUAAUAAGAAUUGCAUGUGUCCAUUUUAUGUUACACAGAAAAUAAACUUCCAUUAACAAUAAAAGUAUAUGAAGUUAUAUGAAUGUACUACGAAUGUUUUAUGAAGUAUAUGAAUGUACUUGACGAUUAUGUAAUAAUAAGUAAGUUUAACCAACAGUACAACUCCAUGCUUUUUUUUUAAUAAGAGAGUUGCCAUGCAGUUAUAUUAAUAUUGAAUUUCCUAUUGCAUUAAUGGUUACAUUCUAUGCAAACCCAUUUUUUUAUGGUUAUAAAUGUUUUGACUGCGUUCUUCACGGUGCUGAUAAAAAACAUGUAGGAGAUAAUGUCUUUUCCUGAUGUGUACUUCUGUGAAAUCUAAGAGUCAGGGUGAGAGGGUACAUUUUUGAUGGGUCGCCUGUUCUCUGGAGGUCGGCUGAAGACUGACCUCGAACAGUGAAAGUACAUGUACACGAAAGUACAUGAAAGUACCUGAAUGUACUUUGGGUUGCCUGUUCUCUGAAGGUCGGCUGUAGACUGACCCCGAACAUUAAAGUACUUGUGUGUUGAUAGGAAAGAGAGUUUCAGUCGGCACUUAUACCGUUUAACAUGAGGAGAAAACAUUACCAAUGAUGCAAAGGCAUGUCAAGGUUGUAGCUAUGCCAAAGUGGCUCUAGCUGGAAACUUUUCUGAUGGGUGCAACUUGUAGGCCUAAGAGUUGAGAAUUGGUAGCGAUUUCCAAACAGACCCCCCCCCCAAAAAAAAUAGAGUACGCGACUGCAAGAAUCUUAGACGUCUCUUGUUAACAAAACACUGAUUCCAUCUAAACCCACACAGCACUGCAAGGCAAAGUUCGUCCUGGGGUAAACUAAAUAAAGAUGCCCAAAUAUUUUUGGGGGGUGAUUUCUGCUCAUAUUUUGCACACAGCGCGGAUGUUUCUGUAUCGUCAGUAUCUAUAUAAAGGCAAAGCAUUCUUCAAUUUCUGACAGUGAAGUUAGGGACAAUAUGUUUAUAUUACUGGCACUUUUUAUGCUGUGCUUGUUUUUUUAUUUGUUUAUAUUUACUUCAUAGACGCAAGCCAAAGCACUGAUCUUGCGGGUGUUUUUUUUCCUUUAGGGGAAUUAGUGGAUGCAUUUGAGGAAAUCCUUUUCAUCGGUUGAGAUAAAAACUUCCUGGGCCAAUAUAGACAUCUUUGUUGUAUACUUAACAAACGUCAAAAAAUAAAAGUACCAGAUAAUUACGAAAUACCUUUGACUGCAAGUGACUAAUAGUCUCCAGCAUCCUGUGAAAUCAUGGCACCUGGUGUCUUGUCGUUUUUAAGAAAAGCUGAAUAUAUUCUUGUAUCAAUUUUCAACGAUUAUUGGCAGACUUUUUGCUAAUACUGUCCCCAAUUUACCAAAAUUAUUUAGGUCCAUAUUUUGUUUGCAAUCGUUUAAACAUCCGUGAACGGGUGCAAGCUAGUCUGGUUCCCUGACCUGACAAUCCUGAAAAUGGCUAUUUUCAAAUUACUAUAAAUCACUCCGUUUUGCCUUAAGUAUAGGGUCAGUGAUGCGGACUGCAUUUCCAGCAUCUAUGAACACAAACUUUUAAAAGGUCAGUGUAUUUGCAUUAAAAUAGUGAACCACACAUCCAUCCAUUUCUGAAAAUUACAGCAAAAGCAAAAGUUGUACAUGUAUAUUCCCUUUAAACUUGUAUGUAUAUUGCUUAAAGUCAUCUAAAUAAAAUUUUCUGGAAAAAAAACCCAA